AGCAAAGGAGAAAAUGGCUGACUCCAAGAAAGAUACUCUGGAGAUAUUAGCUGUUGGGCGCCCAUUUCAACUUGGCAUGUUGUAUGACUGUCGCAAUGAGAAGCUUAUUCCUGGCAUAACACUGUGGGACCCUGAUAUCCUCAAGGGCAAUAUUAACUCAAGUAAGAAACCCUCUGUGGAAUAUGAUGUCAUCAUUUCGGAUUCGAUUGAUGAUAAAUCCUCGGCUAUGGACAUAUCGGCAUCAAUGAAAGCCAGUUUCUGCAGCGGGCUCAUAGACAUAUCAGGAUCUGCCUCCUAUCUGAGCAACCAGAAGCAAUUAAGACAUCAAAGUCGAGUCACUCUGAAAUACAAGACUACAACAAGAUUUGAGCAACUCACCAUGCAGCAUCUAGGGAAAAGUAAUGCAAAACAUCAAGAUGUGUUUGAUCAGGGGACUGCCACCCACGUUGUGACCGGAAUUCUGUAUGGCGCACAAGCUUUCUUUGUUUUUGAUCGCAAGUUUUCUGAGUCUUCAGAAGAGCAGGAAAUAAAAGGUGAUCUGGAAGUAAUGAUUAACAAAAUACCAUCAGUUAAGAUAUCUGGGGAUGGUAAUCUAAACAUGAAUGACGGAGAAAGAUCCAAAGUUGAAGAAUUUCAUUGCCAGUUCCAUGGAGAUUUCAUAAUUGACACCAACCCCGUCAACUAUGAAGACGCCGUUAAACUGUAUCAUGAUCUCCCAAAUAAAGUAGGAAAGGAUGGAACAAAUGGUGUUCCACUUAAAGUUUGGUUGUAUCCACUACAUCUGCUUGAUAGUAGUGCUGCUAAACUUGUUAGAGAUAUAAGUGUCAACGUUAUUAGCAAUGUAAGUAGUGCUUAUGAGGAAUUGGUAAAUUUGGAGAGUCAAUUAAAUGAUUUGAAGGGACACACCGUUCCUUGUAAGUUCACCUCUAUCAAGGACAAAAUGACUUGGUUUCAGAAAAUGGUUACGGAAUUUAAGACUCACUUUCAAAGGAAUCUUGCUGAGAGUCUCCCGCGUAUUCGAGGGGGAGGAAUGGAAGAACAAGUCCUUGUAGAUCUUUUGUUAAGGUGUGACAAAUCUCCAUUUAGCACAGAGAAGCUGGUCAAGUGGAUUUCCAACCUAGAACACGAGAUCAACUUGAUGGAAGCAUAUUUAGAGAAUCUGAAAGACAUACACCAGGUAACUAAGGCUGGUGAGAUUGACAGACUGGCAACAAGAAAUGAACAUGUCUUUUGUUUCACAUUUGGACAGUUGAGUCAAUCUGAACCACUCUUGUUGAGCAUGAGUUCCUACCUUGCUGGCGGCAAUGUUAAGGAAACCACAGAGGACAAAAAAGCUUGGUUCCAUAAUCCAGCAAUCAAAAAGUGUAUCAGGAAGCGCUCAAUGCAAUUUGCUGAUUUCGUAAAUGCCACCCGACCGACGCUUGAUUCAUGCUUUGUCGUGUCAAGUAGCGAUGAUGGAGAAAAGACCGUUGGAGCCCGGGUAAUCCAUUACAAGGAAGGAGAAGUAGUGGAUUCAGACUUUAAACCACCUUCAGCUCCAGGAAAACCGAGUAUUGAUAGUGUCGACCAUGAUCAGGUUAGUCUCACCUGGGAAGAGCCAGAGAAUGGAUGUUGCAACGUUGAGUCCUACUCCAUAAAGUUCACUGAUCUGGGAUGCACUGAUGAUCCUCGGACACACACACAUGAAGUUGAGAAAGGCACAAGCGCCACUGUCAAUAAUAUGAAACCAAAUACUCAGUACGUGUUUGAAAUUAUUGCUAAGUGCGAUGGUGGACUAAGCCCCGCAAGCAUUAAAAGUGACGUGGUCUUAACAAAGCCUUGCAGUCCUCCAGGCAUUCCGUCACAGAGCAAUGCGUUGUCAUCAGAGCUUGCCAUAUGCUGGAAGCAACCAACAGUGAUCGCUAAGGGUGAGGUUAUCAAACUAUAUAAAGUCAAAUGUCUCUGUAUAGUAAACAAUCAAGUUGUAGCAGAAGAAUCAACCAGUACGUCCACGUUAUUCACAAACUUGAUGCCUAGCACUGAAUAUACUUUCAGUGUUACUGCAGUAUGUUCAAGUGGCACUAGCAAUAGCAGUGGUGCCAUCACUAUGGAAACUCUUUCCAACAUUUCCACUACUAAAUUGAUUUCCGCGAAGUUACUUGUACCAAGAACACAUAAAGGUAGUCCGGAAAUAUAUGCCAUUCCUCUUGAAGAAAAUAUGCGAAACACAGAAAAAUAUCUGUAAAAUG